UGUUUCGGGGAAAAGACGCUCGUAGAAAUUUCUCCUAACUAUAAGUUAUAGCUUUUGAUAAGUUGGGUUUUAGCUGAAGUAGUUUCUUAUUAUUGUUGAAUUCUGCUGGAUUUUACAUCUUCUGCGUCGUUGGGCUGGACAGUGUUAGGAAAGGCGGACUCUGAAUCCUCUCCCAGGGUGUUAUGUCUUUCCAGAGUAGCUGGGGGAUGGUCAUGGAAAAGUUCUGGGAUUCAGGGAUUCCUUGUUUACAUCCUCCCGGAGUACGUCUCGGGGGCGGGCUUGGCUCCGCCCUCAUUCUUUAGCCCUGACGUCAUUGUCGCUUGUGUUUUUUAUGAAUGAAAGAAUCCAACCUCAGAGAGCAGCGGAGUAAUUCCGGGAAAAGGCGGACUGACAUUUUGUCGCCGGAGUUGCGUCGAGCCGUCAGCCAAGGGCCUCGAACCGUUGGUGUUGUGCUGACAAGAGGAAGUGCUCAGGGAAUUGGUUAGGACACCUGCUUUGAGCAACCAAAGGGCAGCCACAUGAUAACUUCCUCCUGAUAAUUCCAGCUAACAGAGAAAGAUUGUGUGUAUCUGGUUUUACUGGUGCUUGGGGAGGGAAAAAAAACAAAGACAACUGGACCAUGACGACAGAAAGAAACAGCAAAGCUCUGAAGGUGAAGCAGGAAUGCGGCGAGAACGUGCCCUUCCUGUCGGACAGCGAACUAAUGUCCCUGUCGGUGCGAGAGCUGAAUCUCCACCUGCGUGGCCUCUCCCGCGACGAUAUUCAGAAGCUGAAGCAGCGGCGUCGCACCUUAAAGAACAGGGGAUAUGCCGCCAGCUGCCGGGUCAAGCGGGUGUCUCAGCGAGAGGCCCUGGAGCAGCAGAAGAUGGAGCUGCAGAGAGAGGUGGAGAGGCUCGGAGCUGAGAACGCCGGAAUGAGGAAGGAGCUGGAGGGGCUCAGCGCACGCCUGGCUGCGCUUCAGAGAUUCGCCAGGGGUCUGGAAGCGGGAGGAGGCAGCCUGCUGGCGACGGCCCCUCGCCUCAACACCGCCUCGGUCAUCACCAUCGUCAAGAGUCCGCAGCAGCCUCAGCCACAGAGGGAGCACGAGCUAUCCUAGAAGGAGAUGCUGAAACCAGACUGGGGUUUGGGAUUCGGGGUGGGGACGGGGAAGCCUGCAAUGCAAACACGCACACAUCUGCGGGCCUUAAUACUCACGCAGGCAGGAGAGCAGGAUGACUUGUAAUAAUAGGAAAAUACUAAGCGCCUUGUUCACAUUACAAUUGACAGAAAUCCGAUCACAGCUACGAUCACCUUUCUAACAAACAAGAAAACAGAAACGGGUUCAGUACUGUAGUUUUGAUAGAGAUGUCCUCUGAUGAUCCUCCAUGAAACAGCAGUCUGGUCAAGUAAGAUUUACUCAGUGUUUUUUUUUUUUUUUUUUUUUUGAAGCACUCGAAGUUUCAAAUUCUGUUUAAUGUGAACAAGGCGUCGCACAUAUUUAUGCACAAAAAACCCUCACAGUCUUUCCCUUGAGCUACACGGGGACUCUGACUGAAGCCCAACGAAGCCAAACAGGGUUACUGAGCACCUUUAGUCCUCAGCAAACCCCCACAGCGAGGCUGGUGUAGCCUGAUUAUGCUACUUAAAGGCUGGGAUGCCUUUCUGCUUCCGUUUAUGGCACCUGACCAACAGCAAAAUGCUAGGGUGGAGCUUCCUCGGUCUCCAUAAUGCCUUCUAGUCUGAAAUCACUAGAUUGGCUCAGCCUCGUGUUCCCCCCCGCCCCCCCUGUUUGUUUUUUUUUCUUUUUAUUCCCUCUCAAUGCAGUUUCUCACCCUUUAUGUCACUUUAUGUGCCGGUGGGAUAAUCGAAUCUGUUUUCGCCUCCUUCCAUUGAUGGCUCUCUAGCUGCUUUAGUCAUGAGACUUUUGGGAGCAGAAACGGUCAGAGAAAUGCUGCCUGAGUGCAUUGUGAAUUUCUCUAAGUUGUGCGAUUCACUAAGAUUUUCCAGGUUUUUGGUUUGUUUUUUUUUGGGGGGGGGGGGGGUCUCACCAGUCCAAAAAGACAAUUCUGUAUUAUAUGUGUGCUCAUUUUUCACAUUAAUGCAGUGCCUUCAGUGUAUGAAGGAGCUCACCAGUCCUCCUGAUUGUCUGAAACGACUCACUUCUUAUUUCUCAUUGUGAUUUCUGUGGAUUUCCAUCUUUUUCUAAGCUUUAAUCCCAAAUUUCUCGUUUCAUAAAAACUGCCGUGCAGCAGUUUGGCCAAGUCCAACGUCAGUGGCUUCUUCUUUCUGACGAAAAAUGUUGGUCAUUUUAAAUAAAUAACUGAAUAAACGAAUGUGUGGAAAUAGAAUCACGUCUGG